AUGAGCGCUCAGGAGGAGGGGUCUGUCUGGGGAGCGGGUUUGGGCCCGGAGGGCGGGGGGCAGGCCAGCGUCCUCCCCGCCGGCCCCCGGGCCCCGCGGGCCCCGGCACGAGGUCUGGAUCUGGGGCCGCCGCCCAGCGGCGAGGGCGAGGGCGAGGGCGAGGGCGAGGGCGAGGGCGGGUUCCCAGACGCCGAGGGCUUCGAGUCCGAGCGGGAAGUGAUGGAAGCGGGAGGGCGGGUGCUGUGGGGCCGCGAAGGCCGCCCCGGCUCCCCGGCCGCCGACGAGGGGGACGCCCCGGACUACGCGUGCCACCUCGCCGACGAGUCCGCGGCGGCCAGGGCGCAGCAGCUGACAGACCGCGAGGCCCUGGGCCUGCGGAGAAACCCGUCCCCGGAGAGCUGCGGCGCGGAGGCGUCGGGCGGUUGGGCCGGCGUCGAGGCAGGGCCCAGUGGGCGAGGCGCGCUCGCCCUGGGCCGCGUGGAGUCGCGGCCGCCUUCCGCCGCCCGGCUGCACGUCGGUGGGCCCGAGGGGGGCCGGGCCUGGGGGAACCCGACAGGAGGCGCCAAGGGCCCGUCGACCGUGCGGGUGGAUCGCCAGCGGCCCGCGGCCGCCGAAGGCCCCGGCGGGCUGCCCUCCGACCCCGAGUCCUCAGAUGAGUUCAGCGAGAUACAGCUGAUGAGGGUGAGCAUUUACUCCAAAGAAGGCGGCCCAGCCAAGCCCAACAGCCCCGAGGAUCCCGGGGACACAGCCAGACACGCGAAUUUCCACGUCAGGGAGAAUUUCCUUCCCGUGCCGGGCCCUUUCCUGACCUCCGCUGCCCGAGGGUUCACUUCGGUAGUGGAGAGGCCGGCCGUCGGAGAGCUGGACAUCUCCUCCUCUAAGAAAAUGCCAAGUGUGGUCUGGGGGAAGGGGGAGAGCAGGCCCAGCUACCGGGGAGCUGCUGCUGUUGCUGCUGCUGCAGGCGGCCUGCCCCAGGCCCCCUCGAGGAGGAAGGCGGCCCAGGAGAAGAAAUGCCCAGGGGGGGCCUCAAAAGUGGCCCUGGGCAAAAGCUUCCCUUCCUGGGGGCAGAGAGUGUCGGCUGCUCCCCUGGAACCAGCCACCUUCCCCCCAAUCUCCGGUGUCCCGCUGCUUGGGAGGUCCAAGAGGUAUUCCUUGGUCCCUUCGGGACCCAAACAGUCCAAGCACGCGGGCGCCGCCGGCAAGAAAUCUGUGGCCAGGAGGACGCGGGGGGCCGAGGUGGCGGCCGCUGCGGGAGAAGGCAGUGACUCGAACAGAGACGCGGUCCUCCCAAAGGGCCAAGUAGUUACCUACCUGGCAGGUAGUUACCAGGACUACAACCUGGCAGGAGCACAUUUCCACCGAGCACCGUCCAAUCAUGUGAAGGGUCAGCUGAGUAGCAAGCGGAAUUACAUCUGCAACCUUCACCCCAUCGCCGCCAUGCAAGCAUCUGAGAAAGGCUGGCCGCUGGUGGGCGUGGCGCUGGUGCUGGAGCUGGAGGUGGGACAUUAUCCCUGA